AGCUAUUCCGUGGAGAAACAGACUGAGCUGCUGGAAAGAAAAAACGCAUGCAGGGGGAGGAGGAAAAUCUAGUGACACCGUGAAAUUGCAUUAAACAUGCCAUUCUCUGCUCCGAGGACGUUCAUGCUCCCCAAACUCUCAUCUGCUCGCUGGAUGGAUGCCACCGCCGACACAGAAAUUUGACGCAGCAAGCUCACAAGUGAAAAGAGUUGUCUUCAGCAGCUUUCGUUUCACCGAGAAAAUAACGGCCUUAUUUUUACCUGUCAUCACCGCACCAUCAUUUUUAUGACAGCGGCUCAUGAAAAUUCGGAUAUCUGAUGCGAAUUAAUUUUCUUUGGAGGAAAAAGGACUUGAGAAACAGCGCUUGACCAAAAGAGGUCAAUAAAUAAGGAGUACGGUUUUUGCUCCGGAUAAAGACUUCUAAAAUGCACUUAUUUGGAAUAUAUGUUCUCCUUGCCAAUUCCGUGAUUCUCUACGCAAAUCUAGCCAGUGAAUCGAGUCACGAAUUCAGUCAUGACUAUUAUGAUUAUGAUCAGGAUCAAGGGGAUGCACCGGAACCGUCGGAGCCAGACCUUGAGCAGCAGCUGCGCUCCGUGGCCAGUGUUGACGAACUGAUGAGGAUAGUGUACCCUAACUACUACAGCGUGCUCAAGUGCCGGUCAAAGCGGGGCGCACGCUUCCCCCUGAGAGGGGAACACAUAGCCACGGAAACGCGGUCGAGCGACGAACCGCCGGCGUUCGCUGCAGCUUACUUCAACUUUGACAUACUGAAAAGUAUUGAGUCAGAGUGGAGAAAGACCCUGUGCAUGCCACGAGAAGUUUGUUUAGAUGUGGGGAAAGAGUUUGGGGCGGCUACAAACACCUUCUAUAAACCACCCUGCGUGUCUGUCUACAGAUGUGGGGGCUGCUGCAACAGCGAGGAGCGCCAGUGUAUGAACAUCAGCACCUCCUACAUCAGCAAGACGCUGUUUGAAAUCACAGUUCCCAUCACGCAAAUGACCAAGCCAGUGACUAUCAGCUUUGCCAACCACACUGUGUGCCGCUGUCUGUCCAAACUGGACGUCUACAGACAAGUACACUCCAUCAUACGACGAUCUCUACCAGAAUGUCUGGUAGCCAAUAAAACCUGCCCAAAGAACCACAGCUGGAGCAACCGCUUGUGCAGAUGUAUGGCGGUGCAACGCGACACCCCUCCCCCGCCCCAGACACAACACUCGGACUCGUUUGAAGCGGAUAUCUGCGGGUCAGAUAAGGAGUUGGACGAGGAGACGUGCCAGUGUGUGUGCAGACGACAGCUUCGGGCCUCGGGCACAUGUGGACCCCACCGCUACCUUGAUAAGAACACGUGCCAGUGUGUGUGUAAGACGCUCCCGUCGUCCUGUGGGCCGCACCAGAUUUUCAAUAAAGACACGUGCCAGUGCUCCUGCGGCAGGACGUGCCCCAAGCACCAGCCGCUCAACCGCAGCAAGUGUGCCUGCGAGUGCAACGAGUCACCCAACAGGUGCUUCCUAAAAGGCAAAAGGUUCCACCAGGCCACCUGCAGUUGCUACAGACCACCUUGUGACGUGCGGAGGAAUCGGCGCUGUGCAUCAGGUUUUUACUUCAGCGAGGAGGUCUGCCGGUGCGUACCAACAUACUGGAGAGGACAGGAUUAACUUUGAGUUCACAUUAUGCAGCUGACCUGCUACCCGAUUAUAAUGAUUAUAAUCUAUUAUGAUAGCCGCCAUCUUGUGGAGAAGUACCUAGCCUGGACCUAGUUCGGAAAUGGUUGAAAGGACACAGAGUUUGUGGGCUACUUUGGAAUUAUAAAGUGACAUUUGGGACAUAUUAUGGACGUAUUGAUAUGAACCCCAAAUAUCAUGAGAGGAUCUAAUGAAAAGACUGAAGGAUGGGGAGCAAUUGAAGGCUAAAGCCUUAUUCUUGUUAUUUUGUAAUUGUUUUGUUAUUCGUAUGUCAGAUAUUGAUUAUAUAAUUUAUUGCCAUUAAUGUUUGCAACCUCUUUGUUUAUUGCAAUUACAAUCUUUCUAAGAAAAUACACUGUGAUCAAUAUUUUUGUAUCAUGUGAUGCCUCUUUAAAAUAAAAGUUGUAUAUUGUUAACUUAUUUCUAAUCUAGUUUAUCAUAUUCAAUUGUAGUUACUGAUUGUAAAUAACUAAUGUACAGUAGUGGUCAAAAGUUUUGAGAAUGACACAAAGUCUGCUGCCUCAGUUUUGAUGAUGGCAAUUUGC